GGGCUGUCGGAGGGAGGUUGGGUGCCUUCGGUGCGAGAGGGAGUCUUUACUGGGGCCUGGAGCAGACACACCCCAGGGAAGGGCCAGGUGAGGCCACGCGGCCAUUGGAGUGAGACGGGGAGAGGAAAGAGGAAGCUCAGGGUUCGAAGGCGGGGUGGCCGUAGAGAAGGGAGCAGAUAAGGGCAGGCGAGGCGACGGGACGAGACGAGACGAGAGCGACGCGAGAGGAAAGGAAGGGAAAAGGGAACAGAGCUGCUGCUGCCUGGAGAGAAGUUUGAGACCAGAGGUGGAAAAGGCCUCGUCUACAGCAGCAUGAAGGACAAGGUGCGGCCUGGGGGAGGAAACGCUGUGGAAGCGGUGUCUGUCGGUGGAAGCACAACCAUGGGACUCAAGCAGACUGAACAGGAGGACAGUGACUCCUUUCCCGUGAAGGUCCAGGGGGCAGGUGUGGAACCCUUUGAGCUCCAGGUCCAGGGGUUCUGGCUGGUCCAGGAUGCUCUUCUGGCCGUGAUGAAGCGGGACGAGGUGGCUCCACGAACCUGCCUCUCCUUGGCCCUGUCAGGGGCCACACUGGACCCCUUCGUUGAGCUCCGGACCAUGAAGGGCCUCAAGCCAGGGGCCACACUGCGAUUGGUGGAGGAGCCCUACACCCCUCGAACCGCCCGUGCCCACCUGGCCCACCUCCAGGAGCUCCUCAGGGCCCCAGGUCCCCAUGAUGCCUUGAGGGAGGGCUGCUCUCCCAGUCUGCUCAGCACGCUCUCUCCUACACCUGGCACAGAGAGCCCCGCAGCGGGUCACCCUGGGAAGGCGCCAAAACGGCCCGGGAACGAGCCGAAGUCUGAGCAGCAGAGCCCAGAGGGAGUGCCACCGGACUACGUUCUCCCCGGUUCCAAAGAGCGCCCCCUGCUGCCUCUGCUGCCCAACGGCAUGCACAGCGAGGUCCCAAACUGCUUGACAGACCUGUCACUGAGCUCAUGGAACCCGCCCCCCGGACCCCGGAAACUUCAGGGCGACUUCCUAUACAUCACUGUAUGCACCUUAGAGGGGCGGUGGUGUGACAUCACAUCCUGUCCUAGAGGAUUCUUUCUUAACAGGUCCACCCUGGACAUGUACGACCCUCGGGCCGCUUCCUCUUCUCCACCUUCGCACUGUCUGGCUGAUCUUUUGUCACAGCUCAGUUCCGGGUUCAAAAAGGGAUUUGCUGCCCUCAGAAACCGGUCUCUGCUGCCCCCCCUUGAAAAUAUGCCCACUCCGUACCGGACCCUCAGCUGGCUGGGACCCCCCUCAGCCAUACGAGGCCAUCGCAGUUCAUUUUCUGCUAGACUGGGACUGGAGGACCAUGCUGGAGCACAGGCUCCAGACUGGAACGAGGAACUGCAGGCAGCUAGAGACCUCCCGCUGGGCAGCCUGGAGGAGCGACUGCUGCGGGACCGAGCCUUGCUGCAGGUUAACAGCGCCUUCGUGUGGGCGGCCGCGCAGGGGGCCGAGGCCGCUAUCGACGGCUGCGUGGCUCCCAUCGGUGGAGGGGACGAGGAUGCGGCCUUCCUGUGGGGUGGCGUGUUUCUCAGCCGCGGGGGCAGCAGUAACGGUGCCGUUCCCGGGGCAGAACGCAGCAGGAGGGCGCUGCAGCGGCUCGAGCUCAAGGGCGUGCAGGCCUACAGUGACCUCGGGGGGGCGCUGCAGGGUCUGCACACGCUGCCCACUGCCGUGGUGGACUACCGAGGCUUCCGGCUCUCUGCCCAGGGCCUGGCGCCGGGACUGGAGAGCUCCGCGGGGCCACAGGGGACGCCCAAGGGUCUGCUUUACGGGGUCUCCGCUGGCAUUCACGAGGGUCCCCAGCGGCGCAAACUGCUGGAGCUGCUGGCCCAGGCAGCCAAGAGCCUGUCGGUGCAGCGUCAUGCUGUGGUGGGUCCCAGCGGCAACCAGGUGCCCCUCUUCACCUCAGCCCACACCCAGGGCCUGAUGGGAGCAGACGGCAGACUGUACCUGGUGAACCUGUUCCACGUGCAGCCCGUAGAUGCCAACUUUGAGCUCCCCGGAGGUGCGGCGGACAGCAGCCAGGAGCAGGAGGGCUGCGCUGCCCCCUACUGGGCAUCCUGGGGAUUUCCUCGCAGCUUCCCACACCAGCUGUGCCAGCUGAGGCCUGAGCUCACGCAGGCCUUCAUUCAGCACAAGACAGCCCAGUUCUCCCAGUGUGUGAGGCACAGGAUGGAGGAGAACGGUGGGGUGGAGGAGUGCACGCAGCCUGGAGACCCACGCGGGACCGAAGCGGUGCGAGCGGCCUGCAAGGACGUCGGUUCCGUCAGCGACAUCAUCUUCGAGAUGCGCUUCAACCCGGACGUCUUCUGCCCAGGCGAGUGUUUGCGCUCACAGACCUUUGUGCACCACACCUGCCUAGGAGUGGAGUUCCCGAACUCGGAGGGCAGCGCCGUGCGGCUGCAGAAAAGACUCCUGCGGGAGGCUGCUGCCUUCCUCGUCACGGAGCAGAUCCCCGCCUUUGUGGAAGACUGCCUGCACUUCCGGGUCUGCCCAGUGGAUGGCGUCACUCUGUGCCAGGCCAUGCACCAGAGGGGCAUCAACCUGCGCUAUCUGGGCCAGCUGGCCCGAGUGCUUGACCAGUCGGAGGACAAAGAGCGGCUGAGGCACAUCACGAGACUGGUGUACGGAGAGAUGGUCGUUCGCUCGGCCCGGCGGAUCCUCAACCCUUAUCUGCAGGCUGUCGAAGUGUCCAGCUUGUCGGCCGCUGUCAGCCACUUCCUGUGCUGCUUCCUGGCGCCACAUUUCCCAUCUGUCACCGCGGCCGAAGAGCCCAAGAAGCGCUCCAAAAGGCGUGGCCGAGGGGGCGGGGCAUCAGCCGAAAGCACGGCGUGGAGCGCGCUCAGCGGAACCGAGCUGUGGAGCCUCUUAAACCAAGACGCUAAGGAGACCUACCACCUGUCUCACAGCCUGGGGUCCAGCGCCGACGACCUGGUGGCGCAGUACGGACUGCAAAAACUGUCUCUAUUGAGAGGGCUGUGCCUGCGGGCCGGAAUACAGCUCCGCUUGAGAGAAUACACCCUGGACAGCAGCAGCAAGGCCCCCAUCAGUCCUGAUGACAUCCUCAACAUCUUCCCUGUGGUCAAGCAUGUAACCAUGGCAACCAGCGAUGCCACCCAAGCAUUCCACUCUGCUCAGAAGAGCAUUCAAAAGGGACAGCUGUACCGCGCCUACGAGCAGCUGAAGGAAGCGGCGUACCUGUUCAGCCGCGUGUGUGAUGACCUGCAUCCGGAAACCUGCGCCUGUCUCAGCUCUCUGGCGCGGCUCGCCUACCUGCAGGGCAACAGCACCGAGGCCCGCAGCGUGCAGUUCAGAGCGGUGGUGGUGAGCGAGCGUAUCCUUGGGUUCGACCACCCAAGCACCAUCCAGGAAUAUGUUCUGCUGGCUGUGUACGUGUUCGCUGGCCGAGAGCUGUCGCUGGCGCAGCGCUGUCUGUACCGGGCGCGACUGCUGAUGCUGCAGGUGCACGGAGAGGAUCACCCAUACAUGGCCACCCUAGACAGCUCCUUAGGCCUGGUCCUGCAGGGGGUGCUGUCCGUGCAGUACCUGCAGAGCGCACUCCGGCUCAACACCCUCUUCCGUGGGGCCGACGACCUGCACACUGCUCUCAACCACCACCUGCUGGCGCAGAGACUGUGCUGCGUGGGUGACUACCGGGGGGCCAUGGCCCACGAGAGAGACGCGCUCGCCAUAUUCCAGGCCAAGUGUGGACAAACCCACCAGCAGACCCUGUGCAGCCUCGACUUCCUGCAUGCCAUUACCCAGCAGGCCGUGCGGAUCGAGCGCUCCCUGCGGCAGGGCGGAGCAGAGCUGACGGACACAGCGCCCCCCGAUAGUCUGACUCCCUCGGUUGAAACGACGCUGGAGCAGCUGACGCUUGUCAACGGGAUCCUAAAAAUAUCCGUCAGCGAUAAUAUCCUGGAACUGAAAGAGAAGCUGAUGGAGGCGAUGCCCUCCACCGUCGUGAAUGAUGGGAAGCCUGAACCUGCAAGCACCAUCAAUGGGGAAGGGACAGGAAAGACUCCCUACAGGGAGGAAGAGUCGAUCACAGUAGGAGUCACUGGCAGUGAAAAGAUGCUCAACGGAGACCCAAAGGCAGACAUAGUGACGCCACAUGAGGAGAACCGCUCCGCCAACAUGCUGCCCUCCACCCAGGGAGAAGAUCCGUUCGGGCGUGGGCUCACCAACAACGUGGAGGCAAAGGCGCAAAAGAUGGAGCAGCCAGACUGCGGAGGGCUUAGCAAGGAACCUUGCGCAGGGGAUGAGCAGUCAGUUACAGCUCAGUGUGGGGAGGCAGCAAGCCGAGCGACCGACGGUCAGCCAGGACCCGAGAACGCACUGGCAGAAGAUUCUGGAAAGGGAGAAAUCAAUGGAGCUGGAGCAAUGGAUGAGGUGAGAUCAGCAGACCUGAACGGGGAAGGGGAGCGUCAAGCAACGGCCAACUGAACAAGUGAAACCAAGUGGGAACGGCAACUAGUCACCGGUGGUCCACCAGUUGACUUUGGGUUGGGGGAUUGUGGGGGGUUCAAAGAAUCUGGACCUGUGUGUGAGUGGGGGGGGGGGGGGAUCCAACUGAGAGGAGAAGAUUCCUCAUUGAGACUCUGCACAGGUCACCGAUCGCAAGGCAGCUCAGCUCAACGUUCACUAUCAUAUGCAAAUAUGUGUAGACGUGUGACCACUGACUGGGGAUGGGGGGGGUAUGAGGGUGAACGUUAAUCACCACAAGGGGGAGGUACCGUCACUGUAUGUAUUUGACAUUUGUAAUGACAAUCACAGACUGACACAGCUGUACUGCCCUUGUUACCCCAAUGAGCAGCUCUGUUCACUCUAUUUUUCAGUGGCUAUAAAGGCAUUUCCCUCUUUGGCACUCGUCACAUUUUAUUGUUACACAUUUUCACAAUCAAAGAACAUUCUGUCAACACACUCCAAAGGAUUUUU